CUUGCCUCCCUGCUUGUAUGCGAGCUCACUUCAGAGUAGAGUUUUGCUGAGUAACGGACAGCUCACGCGCAGAGAAUUUCGUCUUCGACGGAUUUAUAUCUGCUUUAAAAAUAAAAAUUACCAAAUGAAGGAAAGGAGGUCGUGUCAGAAGUCGUCCUUUCAGUCAGGAAUGGACUCGAGUCAGAACGUUAAAUGUAAGAUAGUGGUGGUGGGAGACAGCCAGUGUGGAAAAACCGCUUUACUUCAUGUGUUUGCUAAGGACUGUUUCCCUGAGAACUAUGUUCCCACCGUGUUUGAGAACUACACAGCGAGUUUUGAGAUUGACUCUCAACGGAUUGAGCUGAGUCUGUGGGACACUUCAGGCUCACCGUACUACGAUAACGUGAGGCCGCUGUCGUACCCCGACUCCGAUGCAGUCAUCAUAUGUUUUGACGUCAGCCGCCCAGAGACGCUGGACAGCAUUCUUAAAAAGUGGAAAGGAGAGAUCCAGGAGUUCUGUCCCAACACAAAGAUGCUGCUAGUCGGCUGCAAGUCGGACCUGAGAACAGACCUCAACACCUUAGUGGAACUAUCCAAUCACAGACAGAUGCCGGUGUCGUAUGAUCAGGGUUCUGCGAUGGCUAAGCAGAUCUCGGCUCCGUACAUCGAGUGUUCAGCGCUGCAGUCGGAGAACAGCGUGCGGGACAUUUUCCACGUGGCGACGCUCGCCUGCGUCAACAAGAACAGCAAAACUGUCAAACGCAACAAAUCUGCACGUUCUGCCAAACGCAUCUCGCACAUGCCUGGCAGGCCUGACCUGGCUGCUGUGGCAACAGACUUCCGUAAGGACAAAGCCAAGAGCUGCACUGUCAUGUGAUCUCGUCUAAACUGACGAAGGCUUUCAGGGACAUGUGGGUGGAUAAGAGGGUGAAAGGGGAUAAACUUAGUGGGGUUAAAAAAAAAAAAAAAAAAGUCCUACUAAAGAAUUUCAGUGGAUUAGUGAAGGAGUCACUUUCACUCGGCCGGUUUGCAAUGCUAUAUGCAGCGGUUUCGCUUCCUUUAACCUGAGAGCAAGUGGAAAGUGUCUUAAAGCCAUGACUCUCACGUUCCCCUGAACCGUGUCCCCUUAGAGGAAGUGCACUCCCUCUAACCCAGCAAGAGGCCAUGCUUCCGGAAAGAAACACACUUCGUGAUAGAAAGAAAAAAAGGAACUUUUGACAUCAACAGAAAAUUUGAGGAGGAACUGGCGUCGAGGUGCGUACACGAAGAGCAACAAGUGGGUUUGGGGAAGGAAGCUGAAUCUUGGACUGUGUGAACUGUUUGCUUCUCUCCUGAAUGAGAAGUGCAUGGAGCAGAAAAGAAAUAACUAUCACUGUGCUUUUGAUUCACUUCUCUUUUUCUGCAUGGCUGCUUUAUCCAGAUGUUCGUUCUCUUUAUAGCUGAGCUCAGCUCAAAUUAUUAUGCACAUGUGGUCGCCAUGGAUACACCACUUCUACAGUCCUCCUUUUGCCAUUUCAAAAGCUCAUCACAUUUUCUGAGGUUUUAUAUUUAGCGAGA